GCUAGGGAGGGCGGGGUUGGGAGCCUCGCAGUCACCUGACUCCGGAGGCUCUUUGCGCGGUGGGUGCUCCUUGCUGCGUGCUCCUGGAGUCGCCAUGCCUACGACACAGCAGUCACCCCAGGAUGAACAGGAGAAACUCUUGGAUGAAGCCAUACAGGCUGUAAAAGUUCAGUCAUUCCAGAUGAAGAGAUGCUUGGAUAAAACCAAGCUUAUGGAUGCUCUGAAACAUGCAUCUAAUAUGCUUGGUGAACUCCGGACUUCAAUGUUAUCACCAAAGAGCUACUAUGAACUUUAUAUGGCUAUUUCUGAUGAACUGCACUACUUGGAGGUCUACCUGACAGAUGAGUUUGCUAAAGGAAGGAAAGUGGCAGAUCUCUAUGAACUUGUACAAUAUGCUGGAAACAUUAUCCCAAGGCUUUAUCUGUUGAUCACAGUUGGAGUUGUGUAUGUCAAGUCAUUUCCUCAAUCCAGGAAAGAUAUUUUGAAAGAUUUGGUAGAAAUGUGCCGUGGUGUGCAGCAUCCAUUGAGGGGUUUGUUUCUUCGAAAUUACCUUCUUCAGUGUACCAGAAACAUUUUACCUGAUGAAGGAGAGCCAACAGAUGAAGAAACAACUGGGGAUAUCAGUGAUUCCAUGGAUUUCGUAUUACUCAACUUUGCAGAAAUGAACAAGUUGUGGGUUCGGAUGCAGCAUCAAGGACAUAGCCGAGAUAGAGAAAAAAGAGAACGAGAAAGACAAGAGCUGAGAAUUUUAGUAGGGACAAAUCUGGUGCGCCUCAGUCAGUUGGAAGGUGUAAACGUGGAACGUUACAAACAGAUUGUUCUAACUGGCAUAUUGGAGCAGGUUGUGAAUUGUAGGGAUGCUUUGGCUCAAGAAUAUCUCAUGGAGUGUAUUAUUCAGGUUUUCCCUGAUGAAUUCCACCUCCAGACUUUGAAUCCUUUUCUUCGGGCCUGUGCUGAGUUACACCAGAAUGUAAACGUGAAAAAUAUAAUCAUUGCUUUAAUUGAUAGAUUAGCUUUAUUUGCUCAUCGUGAAGAUGGGCCUGGAAUCCCAGCAGAUAUUAAGCUUUUUGAUAUAUUCUCACAGCAGGUGGCUACAGUGAUACAGUCUAGACAAGACAUGCCUUCAGAGGAUGUAGUAUCUUUACAAGUCUCACUCAUUAAUCUUGCAAUGAAAUGUUACCCUGAUCGUGUGGACUAUGUUGAUAAAGUUCUAGAAACAACAGUGGAGAUAUUCAACAAGCUCAACCUUGAACAUAUUGCUACCAGUAGUGCGGUUUCAAAGGAACUCACCAGACUUUUGAAGAUACCGGUUGAUACGUAUAACAAUAUUUUGACAGUCUUGAAAUUAAAACAUUUCCACCCACUCUUUGAGUACUUUGACUACGAGUCCAGAAAGAGUAUGAGUUGUUAUGUGCUUAGUAAUGUCCUGGAUUAUAAUACAGAAAUUGUCUCUCAAGAUCAGGUGGAUUCCAUAAUGAACUUGGUGUCCACAUUGAUUCAGGAUCAGCCAGAUCAACCUGUAGAAGACCCUGAUCCAGAAGACUUUGCUGAUGAGCAGAGCCUUGUGGGUCGAUUCAUUCAUCUUCUUCGGUCUGAGGAUCCUGAUCAACAGUAUUUGAUCUUAAACACAGCACGAAAGCAUUUUGGAGCUGGUGGAAAUCAACGGAUUCGCUUCACACUGCCGCCUUUGGUAUUUGCAGCUUACCAGCUGGCUUUUCGAUACAAAGAGAAUUCUAAAGUGGAUGACAAAUGGGAAAAAAAAUGCCAGAAGAUUUUUUCAUUUGCUCACCAGACUAUCAGUGCUUUGAUCAAAGCAGAGUUGGCAGAAUUACCCUUAAGACUUUUCCUUCAAGGAGCACUCGCUGCUGGAGAAAUUGGUUUUGAAAAUCAUGAAACAGUAGCUUAUGAGUUCAUGUCCCAGGCAUUUUCCCUGUAUGAAGAUGAGAUCAGUGAUUCCAAAGCACAGCUGGCUGCCAUUACCUUGAUCAUUGGUACUUUUGAGAGGAUGAAAUGCUUCAGUGAAGAGAAUCAUGAACCCUUGAGAACUCAGUGUGCACUUGCUGCAUCCAAACUUCUGAAAAAGCCCGAUCAGGGCCGAGCUGUUAGCACCUGUGCACAUCUCUUCUGGUCGGGCAGAAACACAGACAAAAAUGGGGAGGAGCUUCAUGGAGGAAAGAGGGUCAUGGAGUGCCUGAAGAAAGCUCUGAAAAUAGCAAAUCAGUGCAUGGACCCCUCUCUACAAGUGCAGCUCUUUAUAGAAAUUCUGAACAGAUAUAUCUAUUUUUAUGAAAAGGAAAAUGAUGCGGUAACAAUUCAGGUCUUGAACCAGCUUAUCCAAAAGAUUCGAGAAGACCUCCCAAACCUUGAGUCCAGUGAAGAAACAGAGCAGAUUAACAAACAUUUUCAUAACACACUAGAGCAUUUGCGUUUGAGGCGAGAAUCACCAGAGUCUGAGGGGCCAAUCUAUGAAGGUCUUGUCCUUUAAAAAAAAACAGCCUACUCCUUUUCAUGUUCAUUCAAUAAGGGUUUUAUUAAACUAGGCCUCCCUUCCAUAAAUUGUGCCUUUCAGAAAUGCUGAGGUAGGUUUCCUGUUUCUAAUCUGUGAUGUGUUUUAUUCAGCACCUCCAAACACUCACCUUCAGAACCUUAAUAAAGUUAUUCACUUCAUAA